AUGGCAACAUCUCAAGCGCCAACUCGCCAGGCCAUCACUCUGAAAGGUUCUACGAAUCUCGUCACAGAGUUUUUCAAGUAUGCAGCCAACACUAUUCUCUUUCAACGCGGAGUAUACCCAUCCGAUGACUUCCACAUGGUAAAAAAGUAUGGGCAAACUGUCCUCGUUACACAGGACUUGGCACUAGAAAACUACCUCGACAGGAUACUGAAGCAACUCAAUAAGUGGCUACUUACCGGGUCGGUAACGCAGCUCGUACUCGCGAUCAUAUCAAAAGAUACCCGACUACCGCUUGAGCGAUGGGUGUUCGAUGUCAACCUCGUUGAACAGCCAGCUGAUUCUGCCGAACCUCCACCUGUGAAACCCGAAUCAGAGAUUCAAGCCGAGAUUCGCUACAUCCUCAAACAAAUCGUAUCAACCGUCACCUUCCUCCCAAUUAUUGACAAGCCGACUGUCUUCAAUAUCCUUGCAUAUACGCAUGACUCCGCUGACGUGCCUGCAGAUGAGUGGGUCGACACUGAUCCCCUGGCGAUUGAAGCAAGCAAGAGUCAGCAAGUGAAAUUGAGAAGCUUCAGCACCGAUGUACACCGAAUAGAAGCGAUGGUUGCGUAUCGUUACGAAGAUGAAACGAUUAUUUAG